AUGCUGCUAUUUUGGUGCUUGAGCGUGCUUGGACUAUUCAUUGGGAGUGCUUUAUCGCAAUCCAGUGGUUCGUCGCUAGCACCUAUCACAAUAUCAGGAAACGCUUUCUUCAAUUCUGCCACCAAGGAAAGGUUCUACAUAAGGGGUGUUGAUUACCAACCGGGCGGGUCCUCCAAUUUGACUGAUCCGCUGGCAGAUGCUGACAUCUGUGGGAGAGACGUGCCCAUUUUCAAAGACCUUGGAAUCAACACCGUGAGGGUUUACACCGUUGAUAACUCGGUAGACCACUCCAAAUGCAUGAACUUGUUAGCCGAGAACGGUAUCUACUUGAUUCUGGAUGUGAAUACACCGAGCGCAGCAAUUUCGAGGCACAAUAGUGCGUGUUCGUACAACGCCGACUACCUGCAAAAUGUUUUUGCAACCGUAGACGCAUUUGCCCAAUACGAUAACGUAUUGGGAUUCUUUGCUGCUAACGAGGUCAUCAACAGUGAUAACACAACCGGUACUGCCACCUACGUGAAGGCUGUUGUCAGAGACAUGAAGAAGUAUAUUCGUGCAAGGAAGUAUAGGGAAAUCCCUGUUGGGUACAGUGCGGCGGAUAUAGAAGCGAACAGACAGCUUUCUGCUGAAUACUUUAAUUGUGGUGAUGACGCUGACUCCAGAAUUGAUAUGUUUGGUGUAAAUGAUUACUCAUGGUGUGGACACUCCUCAUUCCAAGUUUCAGGGUACCAAACUAAGAUGAACUUGUACAAAGGUUACUCGGUUCCCGUCUUUUUGAGCGAAUUCGGCUGCAAUAAGGUGGUAGGUUCAAGACCGUUCACUGAAAUCGAAUCGCUGUACUCUUCCCAAAUGAGCUCAGUGUUCAGCGGUGGGUUGGUGUACGAAUACUCCAACGAAACAAACAACUAUGGCCUCGUCCAAAUUAGCAAUGACGGGCAGCAGGUCACUAAGUUGCAAGAUUUUGACAACUUGAAGGAAGAAUACGCGAAAGUCUCCAAUCCUGAAGGUGAUGGUGGCUACAGCACUUCCAACGAACCUUCAGAAUGCCCGCCUUACCAAGCGGGUAUAUGGGAAGCCAACAACACGCUGCCUGCGUUACCAAGUGCGGCCUCUGCAUACUACACCGAAGGUGCUGGUGAACCUCUGGGGACCAUUGUUUCAACUCAAAACCUGUGUUACGAUGACACUGACGAUGAAGAUUCGAGCUCAAGUUCGAGUUCCAUGACGUCCUCGUCAACAGUUGCCUCCUCCUCCUCCUCCUCCUUCUCCUCCCUGACCUCUUCCUCUGAAAUUAGUUCUUCAUCUUCUGUUUCAUCCUCCUCCGCAUCAUCGGUAUCUACAACUUUCAGCGAUUCCUCAUCUGUAGCCUCGAUAAGAAAUGCCGCUGCCAGCGGUGCGUCAUCAUCAACGUUGUCGUCAUCAUCUUCUACCAAGAAAUCUAAAGGUGUUGGGAAUGUGCUGAAUGUACCAAUGUAUAUUCAGGAAAUUGCUCACAUUUGGGAGUAUAUAGUUUAG